AUGGUGUUCGGGAGACGUGACACGCAGGUCCUACUCUGCUCUGCCUCUGCUGAUUACAUCAUUGUGUGGAACAUUGAGCUCUGUCAGAAGAGAGUAGACGAUGGCUUAAUUGCAGCUGGAACAGUAAUCGGUACCUUACUGGGUGAUGUGGUCUACCUGGCCUUCUGUUCCUCUGGGGAGCGGGUAGCAGCAUGCACUGGAAACAGAGUCAAUAUACUGAACUCACAGCAGGGGGAGCUGGUGUGUACCCUGUCUGCUCACCUGGGGCCCCUCACCGCAGCAGAGUUCUGUCCCUGGGACGAGGAGAUUCUGGCCACCACCUCAGAGGACCGCUCCUUUAAGGUGUGGGAUCUGAAGGCAGAAGCGGUUUGCUAUCAGUCUUUUGUAUUAUCAGCAUCUCCUUUGAUCUGCUGUAUUUUUGUGGAGAAGAGCAGGCAGUUUAUAGUGGGCUCAUCAGAUGGACAGAUAUGGUGUUUUUCAAUCCCUAUUGACCACAACUGCCAUCUGUUGGCCAAAAUGGACAUCGACAAGAUGUAUAAAAGGUAUCUCAGGCAGCAGGAGACAAUAACACAACAAAAAGAAGCAAAACCAGGCGAUCACCAGAUAGUGGAGACCACUAAAGCAGUCCUGAGCAUGGCUGUCUGCCUCCCAUUCGAUGACAUUCACGAUCACACGAAAGGGGAGCGCAGCCUGCUAUGGAUAGGGAGCUCAGACGGCCUCUACCUGGUGGACCUCGACACCUCCGACCUGCUCACAGCUCUCUGUUUCAGAGAUGACCCAGCGCUGAGCGUAGCCAUGGCAGGCUGCUGGUCCAUCUCUUCAGGGGCCGAGGGCCAGAUGUUGUGUUUGGUGAGUUCCCUCUUUACGCCUACGGUGGCUCUGUUGGAGGUAAGGCCUACCGACGCUGUGCUGGGCCUGUGUCAGAGCCUGGAGAAGGCCUUGGGAAGCUGGAGUGAAGGCCUAUCGGUGAUUCAAAGCUCUCCUGCUCUGUCGGGAUCGCCUCUGAACGCUGACUUGAAGAGGAAGGAGCCAAAUCGUCCCGAAAGAAAAGGAGGUGUGAAGGAACAGCCCCUGGUGUUCCAGACCAGGGUCAAGUCCUCAGGAUACAGCAGUUCCCCACGAAGGACCAUGUUCUCACCCAAGACGAAUGUGGAAAAUCGCCCCAAGGAAACUCACAGAAGGAAAGUAGGCCCUAUCCUGAGAGAUUAUCCGACAGACGGCCGAGCACCGAGUGUUCCCCACCAGCUGCUACGUGUCGCUAACGCACCAGUCUGCAGCAUGCAGUACUCAGGUGAUGGAAAGCAGAUCCUGUGUGGUCUUGGAGACAGUUCUGUGUUUUCAUACAAGUCCAACCUCACUGGCAGCCCGGCUGUCUAUACAGGUCAUAACAGCGCAGUGAGCAGUGUGGACUGGAGCCACUCCCGUCAGCGGUGGCUCAGCGCCUCCAGGGACCGAACGCUGAGAGUCUGGCCCUCUGGAAGCUCGGAGCCUGCCAUCACUCUGGGCGGGGACAUGCUGUCCCAUCCCAUUAGCGCUGCCCAGUUUUACUACCUGGACAAGUUCCUGCUGCUGGCCUGUGGGGACUCCCUGCUCCUCUACCUCUAUCACGUGGACAACACCCACGACGACAUCAAGAGAUACAAGCAGAGGAGCGUCAUCAAGCUAGCCGCGCGCUUCAGAACAACCACGGCCACCGACAUCACCGCCCUGUCCGCAAUCAACGACUUCUACUCCCACCUGGUCUUGCAGUCCGGAGCGGAUCGAUCCCUCCAAGUGAUGGACAUGAACCAGGGCAGGGUGGCGUCCGAGUGGCCUGACGCCCACAGCAGAGCCAUCCACUGCAUCGCACAGAACAAGGGCUCGGCGUUCGCCACGCAGUCACCUGACUCCCACAACCUCUUCCUCACCAGCGCGGUUACUGACGGCAUCAGGCUCUGGGAUCUCCGCACGCACAGGUGUGUCCGUCGCUAUGAGAACCACGUUAACCGCUGCCACGCCUGCGACUCGGCGAUGUCCCCGUGCGGGCGAUUCAUCGCUUCUGGAUCCGAGGACAACUGUGCCUACAUAUAUGACCUCCGCAGCAACAGGUUCCUCCACAAGCUCCACAGAGACUCUGACACCGUUCUGCGUGUGGCCUUCAACCCCGCCACACCUGAGCUGCUCACCGGGACUCUGGGCGGCCGGCUGGGUGUGUUCCGGCCCAGCGGUGGGCCCCGUCUGUCUCCUGACCCCAGCGGGGCUCAACCCGGCCUCCCCACCUCGCCGCUGUAAUUGCAGCAGGCUGUGUUCCCCCCCGCCCCCAGCCGCCUCUGAUUGGAGAAGGGCUGGGGGAUUUUAUGUCCUUUUGAUUGGUCGGGAAUUCAAUGCGUCUCUGGGAGCCAUGCCUGGUCUUCUAGUUGGUGAUGUGUUUUUGGGUGGAUUUUAUUUUUAAGAAACCAGCCAGAUGUAUUUAUUUUUGUUUGGGGUUACAUUUUUAUGUUUAAUUUGAUUUAUUUUGUUUUGUCGUUCUGUCUUUUGUUUUUCGUUUCAUUCCAACAUGCGAAAAAAAAACGCAUCCUCCUCAAACACACAGCACAUAGAACAGCUGCAGACAAUACAACAAAGAACCACAACAGGGAAGCGCAAACCACACAAUAAACAAGGAAACAAACAAUCAAAUUAAAUGCUUUCCUGCCUUGCUUUCCCUCCGCCCAUUUCUGUCAUGCGUUGUUGUGCUUUGUUGAUGGUGUCACUCCCGCCUCAGGUUAAUGUACAUGGUAGCCGCACUCACACACCCAGACGUUCCUUUAAAGUUUAAAGUUUUCAGUCA